AUGGCAAGAACACAGGCAGCCCUCCGAAAAUGGCUCUACCUCCGGAAAUUCCUCGCGUCCAGCCCCACGACAAUUAAUUUGGCUCGUAACAAUGGCCUCAUUCCGUGCGCAAACUUACUCCAAGCCGGAGACCUUGGAGUACACAACGCGCGACCAUUUCACAAUACCUCAUCGAAGCAAGCGAAACCACGCCCCGCACCCGCCGCGAGGCGAGCCAGGGAGCACGAGAGACAGAAUGCAGUAUUCCAGGCUACCUGGCACGCUGGACGGCGGGCGGAGAAAGGUAUUGAUCAUACAGGCAUGUUCUAUGAAUGUUUGAGCAAUAUCAAGCCAGAAUAUGUCGGGAAUGUUGAGUCGAUGGUAGCAAAGCAUGAAACAGAGGCAAGAUGGGCGUAUGCAGCUGCCACCAAGGAUGGUUUGAUUCCCAGUGCGAUUAGUGAGAGUACAUACAAAGAUGUGGGUACGCAGUUGAUCAGAGCGGCAUUUGCAACGGAGCCGGAUAGGCUUGUUAUUCGGAAAAUUUCAACUGAUGUCGAUGCUGUUUUUCGUAUUGGGUGGAUGGUCACCGCUGAUAACCGAUUCCUUCGCGGCUGGCUGAUUACGGCGUGUGCAAUGGCUAACGCUGCUCUUCCGUCCGUGAUUUCUGCGCGGUGUUCGUUCACGGAUACAUCUGUACCGUCGAGGAACAACCCUCAGCUCGAUGUACUGUUUGAUCUUGCGAAGACGGGAUACCCUCCGGCUUUACUAUUGCAAGCGAAAGUCAUGUAUCUGCGAGGGGAGUACGAGUCCGCUGCUGAGCUUUUAGAGGAAAAGGUGCUACCGUAUAUUUCCCCAACGGCACGCAAACCCAUGCCAUUUGAGGAUAUCGUUCUAGGCGGCUUGCUGGAUGAUCCGUACAGACUAUACGCGCUAGUCCAGGCAACACUGGGUGAGUUGGACAACUCCCAGGAACACCGCAACAAAUCAGACGAAGCCAUCCGGACCGCAGCACUGGUGUAUAACGACCCCACCGCGUUAAUGGAAUAUGCGUCUCUCAUGAUGAACCAGAACAACCUGGAGAAGUACGAAGAAUGCAUGUCCAAAGCCGCCACCGCGGGCAGUGGGGAAGCCUGUCUAUAUCUCGCAAACUUCUACUACCUCACCCACCAAGGCCUAUACCCAACGCGCGGUGAACAAAAACCCACAAAAGCCAACCCCCAUCCUGCAGCGAACUGGAAACCUAUCGAGGUCAAUACUAAGGUUGAACUCGAUCCCAUCGCAAAGCUAAGCAGUUGGCAGUCUAUCAUGAAAAUGGUAAAAUACUCAUUUAAUCGUUCCAUGAGCCGCGCUGACUACCACCGGCUUGCGUAUGAGUGGUAUAGUCUCGCCAAUGGCCACGGUGAACACAGGGCAACGUUCAUGCGCGCUCUUUUGGCGCGGGAACUGGACCUGGUGCACGAUGGGCGGGUUAUGUUGGAGUUUUUUACAGAAUUUUCGGAUAUCGAGCAGGAUCCUAUGUAUAAGAGGAAGUUGGCGGAGUUGAAGGCUAAUUGGUAUAAUAAGGAGUAUGAGCCAUCAGUGCCGAAGAGGUUGUUACCUGUACGAUAG